AUGGUCCUGCAGAGAAACGUCCCCAUCACAGGCGCAACCGGCAACCAAGGCCAGGGCGUCGUCCGGCGACGCCUCGAGGCAGGCCACCAAGUCUGGGCUUGGUCGCGGGACCCGUCAUCGGCGUCCGCGCGCGCAACCGUGGCGCUGAUGAUCGCGUCGAUGUCGCUGAAAGUGGGACAGCAAGAGACGUUCCCCGGCUGGGGGCCAGACUACCCGACGUACGUGAGCUGGCUGGCGCGGCACAGCGUCGAAGAGCUCGUGCGCGGCGCCGGGUUCGCGCAGUGGGCGAUCCCGGUUUUUCUUCCCGGGCGUGGCGAGGAUGACAGGACGCUGCGCGUGGCGUGGCGGCGCGACACGAAGCUGGGGUGGUUCGACGGGGCGGACGUGGGGGUCGUCGUUGCGGCGGUGCUGGGCGAGCCGGGUAGGUAUGCUGGGAGGGAGAUUGAUUUGGGGGUUGAGGCGUUGACGAUCGGCGAGGUGGCGGAUAAGCCGAGUAGUGCCCUGGGCGGUGCAGAGGUCAAGGUGCACUACUACUCGGACGAGGAGCUGGCGCAGGGGAAGGCGAAGCAGGACUACCGCGUGCUGGCGGCGAUGCACUGGAGCAACGCGGUCGAGACGGCGAGUUCUGCGGCGGCGGCCAAGGAGUUUGCUAGGCUGACGUCUGUCAGUGGGUUUUUGGGACGGAAUAGGGACAAGCUGCUUUGA